AUGGAUAGCGCUGCACAAGCUAUUAUUUUGGCUUUGCUACUUGGUUUGGGGUUUGUUAUAGUUCGCUCGGGUGGAAGGUGGAGAUACCUCUUCCUCCCAGAGACACCACCUGGAAGCACCAGAACGAGCUCUCUCAAGGAAGAUGUCGACCAAACCUUCACUUUGCAGUCUUCUCUCCUUCCCGCAAGUUCUGUUACUUCGAUCACAGAGCAGAAUCCCCUCCACCCUUCUUUCAACCAGACUCCUGGGACAACGCCCGGAAGCAUCAGAAAUGGCCCUCCCGAGAACAAGAAAAAUACAGAUUACACUAUCGGCUGGAUCUGCGCCAUAUUAACCGAAUACGUGGCAGCUCAAGAAUUUCUGGAUGAAGAGCAUGAGGGACCAGAGUUUAUAUCGCCCGGCGAUACAAAUCAUUACACACUGGGCAGAAUUAAGGAUCAUAAUGUUGUAAUCGCUGUCUUACCUGAUGGCGAAUACGGAACCGCUGCCGCGGCUAUAGUAGCCACAAAUAUGCAGCACAGCUUCCCCAACGUUCGGAUUGGAUUAAUGGUUGGCAUCGGUGGCGGUGUCCCAAGCAAGAGGCAUGAUAUUCGCCUGGGCGAUGUUGUGGUCAGUGCACCCCAGGACGGUAAAGGUGGUGUGUUCCAGUAUGAUUUUGGCAAGACAAUACAGGGUCGCUCCUUCCAAUACACACGGUUUCUUAAUCAGCCUCCUACAGCUCUCCGCACUGCGCUGACAGGACUACAAGCGCGAUACAAGAGAAGGGGUCACCAUAUUGAGAGCACAAUUAACGGCAUUCUUGACCGGAACCCAGGGCUUCAACAAGACUAUGCGCGGCCGGCGGGGAACGCUGAUACUCUAUUCAAAGCUGAAGUGAUCCAUGAUCCAAAAGGUUGUGCAGAAUUCUGUGCUAGUAUUCCAUCAAAUAUCCUCAAGCGGCCCGCGCGAACUACGAACGAACCAAGCCCGGCGAUCCACUAUGGGCUCAUCGCUUCUGCAAACCAAGUUAUGAAGGAUGCAUUGAUGCGCGAUCACCUGGCAGCUGAGAAUGAUAUCCUCUGUUUUGAAAUGGAGGCAGCAGGGUUGAUGAAUCAGUUCCCUUGUAUUGUCAUUCGCGGCAUAUGUGACUAUUCGGACUCCCAUAAGAAUAAGGAGUGGCAAGGCUUUGCAGCGAUGACAGCGGCUGCGUAUGCAAAAGAUAUGAUCUGCGAGAUUCGUCCAAGCUUGGUUGAGGCUGAGAAGAAGCUCGGUGAAAUUCUACUUGACCUCCACGACACUGCCAAAGAGAACCAGGACAUAGCAAAGAAGCAGCUCAAAGCCCAGAAUGAUUUCGCCAAAGAAAGGUUCUCCGACAAAGAAGAAAAAUGUCACCAGCUGUUCCGCCUCACUAGUGAUAGUGAGAGUGAUGCCACUUAUGAGUGGUAUAAGAAUCGAAUAGAGGAGAAGGUUGACAACACAUGCAUAUGGUUCCUGCGGCACAAAAAAUUCCAGGAGUGGCUCCAAGCUGAGUCUGCGCCCCUGCUAGUCUCAGCGGAUCCUGGCUGUGGAAAGUCAGUACUGGCCCGGUACCUGGUUGACAUUUACCUUCCACGGUCUGCCACAAUCUGCUACUUCUUCUUCAAAGACAAAGUCCAGAACAAAGUCCGACAAGCACUUUGCGCGCUACUUCAUCAACUUUUCUCUCAGAAACCGUCUCUGAUUAAAUAUGCCAUGCAGGAGUACCGCAAGGAUGGGACGGCUCUGGUCAACUCGACAGAAUCGCUGUGGAAGGUUCUACGGAACGCGAUUGGAGAUCUUGAGUCAGGAACAAUAAUCAUAGUCCUCGAUGCCUUAGACGAAUGCAGUGAGUCGGACCUUCCAGACCUAGUGCGGAACGUGGAGGAUCAAUUCCGUGGCGGCCAGGGCAAGCUAAAAUAUCUCCUAACAUGCCGUCCAUAUGAGUCGAUUGUAUCUAGAUUCAGCAACUUAUUGCACACCUUUCCGAAUAUCCGUAUACCAGGAGAGGAAGAGUCGGAAAUAAUUAGUUAUGAGGUGAAUCAUGUCAUCGCGCAUAAGAUCAAUCAGCUGUCGCAGAAGAAGAAUCUCUCAUCUGAAGUUAGGGAGAAACUGGAUGAAGAGCUACGGAAGACUCCCCACCGCACUUAUCUCUGGGUAUACCUUGUCUUCAACUACUUGGAAGAAGAAGACUUCAAAAAAACAGCGAAAGGGGCUGAGUCUGCCUUGAAGAAACUUCCACGAAGUGUUAAUGCGGCAUAUGAGCAGAUCCUUAAUAAGUCUAAGGACUACUUAAUAGUUCGAAAGGUCUUGAGUAUUAUCUUGGCCGCGAGUCGACCGCUAACACUUCUGGAGAUGAAUAUUGCUGUGAAUGUAGACGAGACAUUGCAUUCUGUGGAUGAUCUUGAUUUGGAGAGUGAAGGUGACUUCAAAUCACGCCUUAGAACAUUAUGUGGAUUGUUUAUCACAAUAUACCAGGGCAGAAUUCAUUUUCUCCACCAAACGGCUCGCGAGUUUCUUCUGGCAGACUUGGUAUCAUCCAGUACUACUCCAUUAGAGCAAGGCUGGUAUCACUCCAUUGCUAUUACUCAGGCACAUGAGGUACUUGCAACUGUCUGUGUGCGCUACCUCGACUGCUUAAAUUGCGACAGAACCAUUUUAGCAAACACAGAUGGAGAUAAUAGCAACAUUGCUGGUAGUCACGACUUCCUACAUUACUCAGCCGAAACCUGGACUACUCACUUCCGCGAGGCCAAUAUCAUUCCUACGGCUGCCAUACUACCCUCUGCCCUUAGAAUUUGUGACGCAGGUUCAAGAAGCUAUGCAGUAUGGUUUAGCAUCUUCUUAGAAACUACAUAUUUAGAAGACAGCGAGGGUUUUUCGAAUCUUAUGCUAGCAUCGUACUGCGGGCAUUAUGCAAUCGCCAAGAUACUUCUUGAACAGGGUUCGGAUGUGGAUUCCAAGAACACUUGGUAUGGCAAAACACCUCUAUCAUGGGCGGCAGAAAAUGGACACAAGGAGGUUGUUCAGCUUCUUAUUCAGACAGGAAAGCUGCUGCUUCGUUAUCGGGCGGUCACCUUCCCAAUCAUACCCAGUUGA